AUGCAUCUACCAAUUCCCUGCAGCUCUCCCGUUGAAAUCCCUAGUUUUUUGGGAUUCCCUACGAAAUACUCCUACUUAUCUUCGACCUGCUCACUAUUUCUGCUAUCCUUUAUCGGACUAGCGGUCCUAGCAGCUGCCGUUUUAUUUAAAUUUUUCCUUCAUCGAAAAUCGAGAACGAAACUUUCCACGAAUAUAGCUCAGAAAUCGGAGAAAGAGCUCAUUCAGGCGCAGCGUCGGACAUGGAGCUCUCUUCUUACUGCAUGGGAUGGUGUCACUUGGCCUGUCAGCCUCACAGUUCCUCCACCAUCAACUGCUGUUGGAAGAGGCGUCGGACUCAACGGGGCUGUUUUGGGAAAGCAAACGUCACAACCAACGCGAAAUGCACCUUCCUUGAACCAAACCCUGCCCACAAUUUACCAGUCGAAAGAACCAAUAUCAAUGGCGAAAAUGAUUAUGUCUCGCCAUACAUUUCGCCGGCCCUCCAUUCCUGUCCAGAAUCCACCUCAUGCUGUUCUACGUCGUCCGACCCCUCCAUCAUCACCAGCGCCUAUCCCAAAAUCACAAUCAAUGGUUUGA